AUGAGCGCCGGCGGCGGGGAGGAGGAGGAGGAGGUGUUCUACGAGUCGCGGGACCGCGUGCUCUCCUCCUCCUGCUCCUCCACCUCCGCCUCGGACGAUGACGACAACGACCGCCCGCGACGGCGCCGGGACGGGGCCGCCUCUGCCGCCGCCGCGGCGGCGGCGCUCGACGUGUGGACGUCCGAGCCGGCGCCCGUGCAGGAGCGGCGCGGGAAGCUGCUCCAGAUGAUGGGGCUCGCCGGGGACCCCGCCCUGACGCGCCUCGAGAUGGGCCGAUCGGUCUCCUACGACGGGCCCGUCCGCCCGGCGCCGGCCUCGCCCAUCUCCCGAUCCAGAUCAGACGGCGCCGUGCCUGUCUCGGCGACGAAACCCCCGCUGGGCGGGCGGUCGCGCCAGGCGUCGUCGGGCUCCUCCGAGGCCACGCCCGAAGGGGAGGAGACCGACCCGAGGUGCCUAAUCCGGAACCUCGACGACGGCAGCGAGUUCGUGGUCAAGGAGGAGUUCGAGCUCCGCGAGGUCGGCACGGGCCGGCAGCUCACCAUGGAGGAGUUUGUUGACCUCUGCGUCGGCCGCUCGCCUAUCGUCCAGGAGCUCAUGCGACGCGAGAAUGUUGCCAACUCCGGCUCAAACAACGGCUCGUCCACCCCCAUCCAGAGGUCCAACUCCGACUCCAGCAACGGAGCAACGCGACACCGGCGGCAUAGCAGCUGGCUUCGGAGCGUUCGAAACGUCAUCGGCUCCAUGGUGGUCAGCUCCCGCGACCGCCGCAGCAGCGACGAGAAGGACACGUCGUCGGAGAAAGGCGGGCGCCGGUCCAGCUCAGCAACAGAUGACAGCCAGGACAGCGCCGGAGCCGUGCACCAUGGCCCGGUGCGCGUUAAGGUGAGGCAGUAUGGGAAGUCGUACAAAGAGUUCAGUGGCCUAUUCAUGAACCAGGAGAUUCAGGCUCACAAUGGGUCCAUCUGGAGCAUCAGGUUUAGUCCAGAUGGCCGGUACCUCGCGAGUGCUGGGGAAGACUGCGUGAUCCAUGUCUGGGAAGUGUCAGAGUUUGAGAGGAAACGCGAGGAGAACGGAGUGUGCAAUCCUUUUGUUGCCAUAGCGUGCAACGGUUCGCCGGAGCCGACAUUAGCAUUGGCCAGCAGUGUGGAUGGGAGCAACCGUGAGAAGAAGCGUCGGGCAAGGUUCUUGGAGGGCCGUAGGUCUGGGAGCUCAGACCGGCUAAUGGUGCCAGAGCAUACGUUUGCGCUGUCAGAAAAGCCGAUUCGGACCUUCGUGGGGCAUUCAGAAGACGUGCUGGAUCUCUGCUGGUCCAAAUCCCAGUACUUACUUUCAUCUUCAAUGGAUAAAACGGUGAAGUUAUGGCACAUUUCGAGCACUUCCUGUCUGAAAACAUUCUCACACAGUGACUAUGUGACAUGCAUCCAGUUCAACCCUGUUGAUGAUAGAUACUUCAUUAGUGGUUCACUGGAUGAAAAAGUCCGCAUAUGGAGCGUUCAAAACCGUGAAAUUGUUGAUUGGAAAGAUUUGCAUGAAAUGGUCACUGCUGCUUGCUAUACCCCAGAUGGACAGAGCGCAUUAAUUGGUUCCCAUAAAGGCAGCUGCCAUAUUUAUGAUACAUCUGAUAAUAAGCUUCUCCAAAAGAAACAAAUUGACCUGCAAAAUAAGAAAAAGAAGUCCAGUCAGAAGAAAAUCACUGGAUUUCAGUUUCUCCCAGGGAGUACUUCAAAGGUCCUUAUUACAUCUGCAGAUUCAAGAAUCAGGGUUGUUGAUGGCCUUAAUCUAGUUCACAAAUACAAAGGUUUCCGAAACACUAACAGCCAGAUUUCAGCCUGUUUAGCUGCAAAUGGGAGGUAUGUGAUCUCAGCAAGUGAGGAUUCCCAUGUGUACAUAUGGAGAAACGAUGAUAACCUUGAACAAGGCAGAAGCAAGGGGAAUGUUACUGUCACCAAUUCCUAUGAACAUUUCCACUGCCAGGAUGUGACAGUUGCUGUUGCACUGCCAUCUAAUGGCUCAGCAAUGGUAUCCAGAGCAAACUCCACGAAGCACGAUGAGCAGGAUUCUGUAUUGGAGCAUUCUCUGCUGCAUGCUGUCCCUGAAAAACUGCAAGAUUCCUCUGAUUUCCAGCCUCAAAGUGGCAAUAUCCUAAGCACCAGUUCAAAUCACAGUGGUGAUAGAGCAACUUGGCCUGAAGAGCUCAUGACGCCAACAAAGCAGAGCCCUCGGUCUAGUGCCAGUCUUCCCAGUGGUGCUGAUCAAGCUCCAAGUCGGUCAGCCUGGGGAACUGUAAUUGUCACGGCAGGCCGUGGAGGUCAGAUCAGAACAUUUCAGAAUUUUGGGUUUCCUGCUCGAGUAUAG